CAGGUCCUUUAGCUGCCUAGGAAAUAGCAUCUACCCUGGUGCUGCUGAGGUUGGAAGCAUUUCCAGAAAAUGCCUAUCUGCUAUGUAAAAGCGUGUACCCCCCGGAUGCGAGAGGCGGCCACAGAACUGAUUAUGCAUACGUUUCCUAAAGAAAAGGAUCGCAUCGCGUCGUGGCUCCGUGCAAUUGGCCAAGAAAUUGAAAACAUGGAAGAGCUGGUGGCUAAAAUAUUUCUUUCUAAAACAAAUGCGUAUCGGGUCUGCUCGUGCCACUUUACCCCGGGUGACUACAUCUUUAACCCCAAAACUGGAAAGCGGAGGUUGACACCGGUCGCCGUACCCACAGUCUUCCCUGAGCGGGAUGGCGUUGAUGAUCGGCAAAACUCAUCCAGGAAAAGGAAGCGUCUAGCGGAUGAUUGGGAGACAUCUUGCCAGUUAAGCGCGGGGGACACGUGUCCAACAUGUAAAAAGACAAUACCGAAUACAACACAAGACAAAUCAAUUCAAGUUGACUCUACUGGGGAUAUUUGGAAUCAAGAAACUUCCAAAACGGAGGCGAUUCAAUGUCCAAGACUGGUUGACCCCAAAAAAAGACCCGCCAAAAAGAAGCCCAAAAGACCACAAAAGCUAUUUGGACCAAGGAGCUAUGGCUACCGAGCAAAGUAUCGUUUGGAAAAGUCAAAAAUGCCAAAAUGCAUCGUUGGUUAUUGUCAUAAUUAUGCGGGAAUGCGGAGGAACUACUCCAAUGUAAUUCUCCACGGUUUUCCCACCACUCUUGACGGAAUAAGAACCUGGCUGCGAUCUUUAGAGCGAGGGGGUCAUGUUUUCCACAACCUUGAGGAGAUUGCCGCCAAAAUCCACGAGGGCAAAAGGCACAACUCCUACCGCGUUUGCUCAGAGCAUUUUUCCAAGCAGUGUUACGUGACGGUCGGAGAGAAGAAGGUGCUAAAUAAAAACGCCGUUCCCACCAUCUUCAUGCCCCGUGUGAUACAGGACAAAGAAUUCACGAGGAGGAGAAUCAAUGACGGUCAGAAACCACCGAAAGCCAAAAUGCUCUGCAAGGAGAACGCCAAACCGGCCCAACGUGGGAAUAAUCUGACAGAGAUGCUGUUAAACGUCACGAUAAAGAUCCUCUGCCUGCUGACCGGAGAGGAUUAUCUCCUGAUGAAGAAGACCCCGAGACCCCAAACAGACCCUCAUAGUCACUCACAGGUCCAUGACCGAAACAAGGAGAAGAUCCUAGACCUCACCAACCAGAUCAUAAAGCUGCUGAGGGGCGAGGUUCCUAUAAGGUGUCAGGAUGUGGCGGUCUAUUUCUCCAUGGAGGAGUGGGAGUAUGUAGAAGGACACAAGGAUCUGUACCAGGACAUAAUCAUGAUGGAGGAUCAGCGGCCCUGCAUAUCAUCGGGUCUCCCAUGUGACAAGGCGUCCCUUCCAGGAGUUUGUAUAAAUUGUUCCAAACAAGAUAAAAGUAUUUAUAGUGGCCAGAAAUCUCCGUGCCAUGAAAUGUGCAAAAUAGAACCGGCAAAAAAUGUUUUAGGAUCAACAAACUCAAGAGACAAAAUAGAAAACCUAGAACAUAAUGGCUCCUAUUCAGACGUGUCAACAUUUAUUAAAGAGGAACCAGUCUCCGAUGAUGGAGGAGACAUCACAAACUCCUGCGGUAACACAGAACAGUAUGUAUGUAUGGCGGAACGUGUGACGUCUGAAGGAGACGUUCCACCAGAUGUCAAUCAGUCUACACGGGCAGGAGGCGACCAGCACUGUCCAUCUACUCCUAGUGACACCUACACAUAUACACAACAUACGCCGAACAAUCCAACUAUUCAUCGAGAAGUGGAAUGUACAGCGCAAAAAAGAAUGUAUACCCCAGAAAGUAUCUCGGCUAACACGUGUAAUAUACCCGAGGAUCAUACACAAUACACAGCUACUUGUCUUAUGGUGGAGCCACUGGAUGGUGUACAAUAUAGAACUACUCUUAUUAUGGUGGAGCCAGAGGAUAAUGCACAAUACACGUCUACUCAUACUACGGUGGAGCCAUUGGGUCAUGGACAAUACACAUCUACUCAUAUUAAGGUGGAGCCAUUGGAUGAUACACAAUAUACUUCUACUCAUAUUAAGGUGGAGCCAGAGGAUAAUCCACAACACACGCCUACUCGUACUAAGGUGGAGCCAUUGGGUCAUGGACAAUACUCAACUACUCAUAUUAAGGUGGAGCCAUUGGAUGAUACACAAUAUACUUCUACUCAUAUUAUGGUGGAGCCAUUGGGUCAUGAACAAUACUCAACUAGUCAUACUAUGGUGGAGCCAGAGGAUCAUACACAAUACUCAACUACUCGUAUUAAAGUGGAGCCAGAGGAUCAUACACAAUACACAACUACUUGUACUAAGGUUGAGCCAUUGGAUCAUGGACAAUGCACGUCUACUCGUAUUAAGGUGGAGCCAUUGGAUGAUACACAAUACAUAACUACUUGUAUUAAGGUGGAGCCAGAUGGUCAUACACAGUACAGAACUACUCACAUUAAGGUGGAGCCAGAUGAUCAUACACAAUACACGUCUACUCGUAUUAUGGUGGAGCCAUUGGAUGAUACACAAUACACGUCUACUCGUAUUAUAGUGGAGCCAUUGGAUGAUACACAGUACCAAACUCCUUGUAUAAAGGUGGAGCCAGACGACCAUACACAAUACACAUAUCUACAACAACAUCCAUACCCUCCUAUUACCGAGGCAUGUGACAGAGCAGAUGCCACCAACACGUCUGUGCCGACAGAUCCUAUACAGCAAUACCCAUCAAUUCACAUCAAGGAAGAACCAGUCUCCUUGGUGGAAAGAGAUGUCCUCAAUGUAACGUCCUAUAGAUGCAUCGAGUGCUCCGAAGUCUUCACAGCCAAGUUAGAUCUUAUCUGUCAUCAAAACAUUCACAAAAUAGAGAAACUGAAGUGUCCGGAAUGUGGAAAAUACUUCUCCAAUAUGUCCAAUCUUUCCAAUCAUAUCAGGAGCCACACGGGAGAGAAGCCUUACUCCUGCCCCGCCUGUGCGAAACGUUUCACCAGGAAGAGCACGCUCAUUAUACACCAGAGGAUCCACACCGGAGAGAAGCCCUUUGUCUGCUUAGAAUGUGGACGAAGCUUUCCCGGUAGAGGAUAUCUGAGGAAACAUCAAAAGGUGCAUAAACCCAAGAGGCCCAUGACUGUCCGGACCCUCCUCCACAUGCCGAUGACCCUCAUAGUAGACUCUAAUGUGGCCCCGCUGCAGAUAAGCUGACUCUAGUACAUCAACAUGGACGUGGAACAAGCUGUCCAGUGUUUCACGGUGCUGGUUACCAGGACAGACAUGGACUAUGGGGAUCUCUGCACUAUGGACACGUUUUUUUCCCAUGAAUAAAAAAAAAAAACACAACACGGUUGGUGUUUCGGUUUAGUUUAAGAGUGCAACUUAGACAUCGACCAAUAAUCGGUACAAUACCCGGCAUUUAACAGAUCUUAGAAUUUCUGUAAUAUAGUUGUUUAUUUUUGAAGCAGAGUCAAGGUGUUUUCUCGUUGUUCUUAAAGGCCUUCUACUUGGAAGAACUUGUCAGGAAUAGGGAAAUAAAUAGGACGAAAGAAGAAACUUACACUGAACUAUGAUGGCCGCGUCAUUCUUGUUUCAGGGGGUUCCGCCUAAAAGGUCGUAACAUAAAACAGUCUCCUCUAGAGGUCAUGUUCUCCAUCUGAUCCUAAUUGUGGGAGCCACCACACUUCUCGGGGAGAUGAGCCACUACUCUUCUCGGGGAGAUGAGCCACCACACUUCUCGGGGAGAUGAGCCACCACUCUUCUCGGGGAGAUGAGCCACCACUCUUCUCGGGGAGAUGAGCCACCACUAGGGGAGUCCAACAGCAGCUCUCUCACCCCUCCCACUGGCUGAACGUGUAUGGAGGAUUGAGUGGGAUGGCGAGCUAUUCAACCAACACCUACUCUACCUUAUUUGGCCAGCUUUUUGUAUAAUUCACCCAGCUUUAUUACAAUCCUGUUUUUGUAGAGUCAUAAUAGGAUUCAAGUCAAGUAGUGGUCUCUGAAUAUGUAGCCCUCCAGUUGUUGCAAAACUACAACAUCCAGCAUGCCCGGACAGCCAACAGCUCAGCGUGCGUGUUAUUCAGUGGGGAGAGGAGAGAAACCUGCAAACAUCUCAGGCGGCAGAUUAUGGCUAGAGACGAGAAAAGGAUCAGACGUUGAAAUCAGGGGGUCCCCAUACACGUCAGUUGGUGGUCCAGAUGACUUCAAUGUAUAUGGGGGACCUUUACAUGCAGCAGAUUGACUCUAUUUAGGGUAACUCUUUCCUGCCUGUGGUUUAGCACGUUUGGUAGCCAGGAAAAUGUUCUGACAUCUAGUGCAAAAAAAAAC